UAUGCUGAUAAAGAGAGUACACCUAUUUAUCUUUGGUUACUACCUGAUAUCAUCGCACAAAGAAAUCUUCAUAAAAAUUUAUCAUAGCUAGACGCCAUUUCUUUUUGCAAUAGAACAUCAUUCGAAGCGGACUUGAUUCUGUUCCGCAUAUGUUUUCAGAAAUAAUCAUUUGCAAUUCUAAGAACUGAAAAAUGAUUCUACGGUACGUUGUUUGGAGUAUUUUUAUGUGCCUCGUUCUUCUGCCAAUAGUAAAAGCUGAAGUACAAGUUGAUGACCAAGGUUACCAGAAUGUGUUGAUUUCAUUUGCGCCGAAUGUUCCAAGCGAAAAUGGGAAAGAAUUUAUCCUCGCUAUACAAGAUCUUGUUCAGAAUACAUCGAACGUUUUGCGCACAGCAGUUGGCAUUCGAAUCGCAGCUGUCACUUUCGUCUUGCCACUGUCUUGGCCCGUCGAAACGUGGGAGAAUAUCACCAUCACCCCCGCAUCUUCAGAGCAAACAAAGAGGAAGCCGGACAUAAGUGUAGAUGCCACUGAAUUGAGCCCCUUCGGAACGAAGCCUGUCACUCUGCAACACGGAGGAUGUGGAGUGGGUGGUCACCAAAUUAUCCUGCCCUUAGAUUUCCUCAGCAGUACUGAUGGGUAUCCCAAAGACAAACUAUUAGCCAGAGAAUGGUUAAAAUACCGGUAUGGAGUUUUUGAUGAAAAUGGAUUCGCAAACGACAAUUUGUACCCCGAUUACUACAGAAUUCCCGGAAGCUCUGAAAUUAGAAUCGCAGAAUGCACGAACUCAAAUGUCACGUACAAUUUCAAGAAGCCAAUUUCAGGCGACGAAUGCGAUAUGGAUUCAGCAGGUGACUUCGGUCAUUGCAGAGCACAUCCUGACGCAGAAUUGGCCAUCAACGUUACAUCCUCCUUGAUGUACUACCACAAAGAUUUACUAAAUAUGGAACAUAUUUGCGGAAAAGAUGGCCACCCACACCACAGCACCGCUCGAAAUAAGCAGAAUGCCCUGUGUAACGGUCAAAGCAUCUGGGACGUCAUCAAGCUAUCGAAAGAUCUUGAAAACACUCAACAGGAGUUCUCUGAUCCAGUUCUGGAGACUAUACAAUUUUCUUACAUUCAAGAAAGUAAACCUAGGUUUGUAGUGCUUUUAGAGGACACAGAGCCGCUAUCUAAAAAGCAAGAGUCAAUCCUAUUUGCCUUGAGAAGAUUUUAUUAUGACUUGCCACCCAAAAGCAGGUUGGCCAUCUACGCUUACAACGACGAGAUUGUGAAGGUUCUGAAUUAUACGGAACUUACUGAUCAAAAAAGAAGUGACCUAGGCAUCAUCGCCACCUUUGAUUAUCCUCAGACAGGUGUUUGCAAUUCAUGUGGAUUGACCAAUGCAUUUGAGGUCUUGCUACAGAACAGUAAAGUUGAGGAAGGUUCAAUUUUUUUAAUAACGGCCUCUCCACUGGAAGAUAAUUUUGAGAUUCCGGAAGAGGUGCAAAAAGCCGGUAUCUGUCUUAAUGUCCUCAGAUUUCUCGAUGAAGGAACUGAAGAUACGAGCUACGAGUCAAUAAAAGGUUCCUUCCCCUGUUAUUCGUAUGAGCCAUUAUCGAUAAGUUUGGAUAAUUUGGAAAUUUACAGUUCUCUGUCCCACUUUUUGAAGAAACCUGUACCAGAAUUAAAUGACAAUUUUGAAGUCAAAACAAUUGUAUCCGGGUUAAUGUCUGCGGACUUACCUGUGACAAUUUCUCCAAAUCCAACGGCAUCAAGUUUCACUUUGUGGACCGGUAAAGAUGUUAGACCCAAGAGUAUAUUGUGCAAAGCAGAUGAAAAAAACGUAAUGCUGACAAAGGUCAUUGGAGCAAACCAAAUUGCGUCUUUUAACAUCAAUCCUAUGGAUAUUGAUAUUACCUGUAGAUUGAUUGGAGGUGAUCCCAUUCUGACAGAGGUCCAGAUGACGACACAAAAAGGAAACUAUUUCACUUUCGAUAUCUGGAUUCAUGACGUAUCUACAGCUGAAAAACAGCUUCCUAUUAUCGUCUACGCCAAAAUUUAUUUCGGCGGCUACCCAGUUCAAGACGCCAAUGUGGAAAUGGUCGUCACUUCAGAAAAUAACCCGGAUGUGAACGUGAAAAUGCUUGAUAACGGACGAGGAGAUCCAGAUGUCACUCAGUAUGAUGGUAUAUACAGCGGAUACUUCGUCGACUUCAUCACUGAAGGCGCCUACCAAAUAGCAGUGAAAAUCGAUGAUAAUGAUAGGAAAGCAAAGCUUGGAAAAUUAAACCCAUCCUUAAGAUCCGAUACAUGUUGUGGUAGUAAAGUCAUCAGUAACUAUGUAGAUGCUCCUGCGUUCAACAUGGAGAAGUAUAUAACGUACACUGCUAAAAACAAGCGACCAGACAACGGCUACCCACCAUCGAGAAUUGUCGACCUUGAAGUUCAUAUAUUCAACGUUUCUGAUUUCGUUCUCUUGACUUGGACAGCCCCUGGCGGAGGAAAAGCAUCCAGCUACGAAUUCUACGCAUUCUGUGAUUUAGAAGACUGCGACGGUGGCAAACUUCCAAAGUGGCUUAAGCUCAACCAGACUGAACCAAAACCCAGACCUCAUGGAGAACUAGAAGAGGUUGCAUUCCUGUUAACCCCAGAAGUCCCGAAAAUUGAAAACCUCAGAUUGUUUUUUGCCAUCAAAUCUGUGGGCGAAAAUGGUCAGCAGAGUUAUCAGUCAAACAAAGCUGAAAUAUUGUUAUCGAUAUCAGCAGAAGCAUCCACCACAACUGCUCCAAUCACUGACGAUGACAAAAAGUUGGCGCCAAGCGAUCCAACAGGCAUAAUUGUUGGCGGCACAAUCAUCGGCAUACUUCUGUUUCUCUGUUUAGCGGCAGUGUUUUAUCUCUACGUAAUCAAGCCAAGGAGAUUCUCCAAACCAUCAAAUAUUGAUGCCAAUGACUAUUUUCAGGAUAAGAAUCAAAAUGGCACAGAAGUUUCUGGAUCUUUUAAAGCCCUUUCUAUACGCGACAGUGGUUCUUCUUCCAUGAGAAGGGUCGAAUCUUUUCCAGUUAUUUUGUACACUCACGAUCAGAUCAAAGACUUCAAGAAAAAAGUUGAUCCACCCCUGUAUAAACCAGCUAUUGCGCCAAGACCAUGGAUGAGCAUGAAUGUUCUGUCAAACAGUGAUCUAAAAAGAGGUGGCGACGCCAAGAGUAUAGGAAGUGCGAGUACACUGCCGAUGAAUGAAAAGUACAGAUCAACUGAAAUGAAACAGCUGGAUGAUGUUUCCUUAAAAUCCGAAACGCCACAUUCAGAAGAAGCAAUCAAGGUUUAGACAUAUCAGACUUCUUUGUUACAGUGAUUCCCAAUGGGUGCAUAAUAAUAACUACUUUUACUUGAUUUCGGACCAUGGAGGAAUUUCGAGUACACUGACUGGUUGUUUGCAUUACGUCACGCAUAAUGACAUAACAACCAAUAGUUGCGAGAUAUAUUGCAUGAAUCUUUUGAAAUGUCUAUUUUUGAGGAAGAAAAUUCUGUAUCUUCAAAUUCUUAAUUCAUCAAGAAUUAUCAUCUUAUGUAGCAAUAUUUAGUGUCUUAUGUAACAAUUAUAUUCUAAUUAGUAUUUAUCAAAUAAUAAACGUGAAAUAAGCCAUGAGAAUCGCUGGAAAGCAAACUAGCUGUAACACUAUGACAACAUAACGUAAGGUUGUCAUAAUUAAGUCAGAUUUGCAGCUAUUAAUCUUAAUUUUCACAAGCUAAUAAAUGAUAACACUCACAAGAUUCCAAAAAAAAUAUUUUUUAGCAAUCGUUAUGACAUUUUUCCCUUUUUUUUACUGUCAUUUUUGGCGAGAUUUCAUUUGUUUGGCAACAUAUAUCGAUUACAUGAUAUUUGAGGAUGCUUAGUAAGGAAAUAUCGAUUAAUUUUAUAAACGCAUUCUGCAUGGGAGAACCGACCAGUCAUUCUUAAGAACACGGUAUGGUCCCGUCAUCAAGUGCGCAACACUUUUGCCAAUGUUAAAAUGCUCGCCAACUAUUGGGAUCUAAUACCGAAUUUGGCGAAGUGUCCAUUGAAAAAUUCAAGUUUGGAUUCCACAUUCUUAUCUAAUUAAACACUAUAACUAUGGCCCUUUCAAUAAUACUUAACCAUUUGAUAUUGAAAGUUUACUUUGGUACUAUUUUAAACAACAUCUGCAGUUUAAAUUAAAAAAAAUAAUAAUAAGAGAUGCAUUUUUCAAUAUUACAGAAUAUUUUUUUCAACAUGGAUAUAUAAUGCCAUUUUUUAUCAGUCUCAUUUGCUAAAAAUACAAUCAAGUUUUAUAAAUAUCAAUGCAAAGUUUAUUACUAAAGAUGUGCUCCAAGGAUGAACUGAACGACAUUAUCCUGUCGCCAAAUUCGCCCGUUCAUUAUAAUGUUCGCCAAUUUCUAGGUUUUAACUAUGUUAAAUUUAAUACCAAAUUUGGUAAUUGUCGGUUGAAAAAAUUCAAGUUAGCAGCAGGUAUUGUAAAUUUAAAAUCUAUCCAAAUGGAUAUAGUUAUGGCUCUUAGUGAAUUCCAUAUAACUAGAACUAUAAAUAUACGUAAAUAUAGUGCCAAAAUACAUCAGUAACUAUUUGUUGCGGAGAAUUAUUUUGUUAUCAUUUCAAACAGCACUUGUUAUUUAAAAUAAGAAAAAGAAUAUGCAUUUUACAGAAGAUAUCACAGAAUAUCUUUUCUAAAGUAUAUAAAUAAUAUUAUUUUGCAACAAUCAAAUUUGCUGAAAAUUACAAAUGAUAUUAAAAAAAUUAUGAAGUACUUAGAUUUAGUUGACAAAUAUAGUUACAAAAGAAUGUAAUUAGUGUCCAUGUAAUUAUUUUAAUUAAUGUAAAGGGAGUCCAUACAAUAACAUUUCCUAUUUGGAGGCAUCUGUAACUAAAAGAAUGAAAUGUAACAAAAUUUCAUAUGCAGGCUAUGGAAAGUAUGGCAAAAUAAGCUUUUACAAAGAAAAAAAAGUAGCACAAACAAUAUUUUAUGAACAGGGGAGGACAAUAUAUUGAAAAUACUUCAUGUUUUCUAAAAGACCCUAAAGUAGAUUACAAAAAGAUUGUUUUUUUGAGAGUCGCUUACUAUAUGUUAUUUAUUUAUAUACAUGGUUUUUUUUAAUACUCAAACAUUAAUAAUUGGCAUAAUCUAUUUUCUAUGCGUUUAUUGUAAUAACUGACACGUUCAGAACAGUCAAAAUAUAUUUAGUAGAGCUUUUUUAGUAAUUUGCUUUUUAGUCCCAUACCUUCCAGUCUGUGUGUGAAAUUUGGUAUCAUAUGUAGAAAUUUUAAGUUGGCAAUGCAUGUAUGUGCCAAAAUUUGAAUCAAAUGAUUAGUCAGGUGCAGUGACAAGUACUUCUACUUACUACAUGGUGAAAUGAAUAUUUGAACCAAUUUAAUGGAUUUAAUGUCCAAUUUUGAUAAUGGAAGAAAUUGUUAGAAUUCGCAGUGAUAAUAUUCUAUUGUAUUGGUAUCAAUUUUUUAAAUCAAUAAUAAUAAUAAAAAAAAGAACGUAAAAGAUAAUUAAAUACCUGGUUAAUGGUGGUAAAAGGAUGUGGAAUUCAGCUGACUCAAGUGUAAAAGACCAAUAGCCAUCUGAAAAUCUUUUAAUGGGAAUAUCCUUUAUUCUUAACAUUUGCCGGAAGGUCGAAAUCCCACAGCCAUAUGAUGCUACAAAUUAUCCACCGUCCAGCAUUUGAUUUGAAAAUGUUUAUGGUAUCAAUUUCUGCUGCACAUGCUCCCAAACAAGGAACACUAUUUUAUGAUCAUCCCAUAUUUCUUUAUCUAUGCUGUGCUUUAUUUUUUUAAUAUCUUCAUCGUUUCUUUUUAAAUCAAUGUUAUCUGUUACAAUUUGCUUUCAAUAAAAGACAUUUAUUUUUAUAA